UCCCGCCCGUGCGCUCCCGCAGGAUGGCGCGGGCCAAGCUGCCGCGCUCGCCGUCCGAGGGCAAGGCGGGCCCGGGGGGCGCCCCGGCCGGCGCCUCGGCGCCCGAGGAGCCGCACGGGCUCAGCCCGCUGCUGCCGGCCCGCGGCGGGGGCUCCGUGGGCAGCGAUGUGGGCCAGAGGCCUCAUGUGGAAGAUUUCAGCCUGGACUCCUCUCUGUCUCAGGUCCAGGUGGAGUUCUACGUCAACGAGAACACCUUCAAGGAGCGGCUCAAGCUGUUUUUCAUCAAAAACCAGAGAUCCAGCCUGAGGAUUCGGCUUUUCAACUUCUCCCUGAAGCUGCUUACCUGCCUGCUGUACAUCGUCCGCGUCCUGCUGGAUGACCCGGCCCUGGGGAUCGGAUGCUGGGGCUGCCCGAAGCAGAACUACACCUUCAAUGCCUCGUCCUCCGAGAUCAAUUGGGCGCCCAUCCUCUGGGUGGAAAGAAAGAUGACUCUGUGGGCGAUUCAGGUCAUCGUGGCCAUAAUAAGCUUCCUGGAGACGAUGCUCCUCAUUUACCUCAGCUACAAAGGCAACAUCUGGGAGCAGAUCUUCCGAGUCUCGUUCGUCCUGGAGAUGAUCAACACGCUGCCCUUCAUCGUCACGAUAUUCUGGGCACCCCUGCGGAACCUGUUCAUCCCCGUGUUUCUGAACUGUUGGCUGGCCAAGCACGCUCUGGAGAACAUGAUCAACGACUUCCACCGCGCCAUCCUGCGGACCCAGUCGGCCAUGUUCAACCAGGUCCUCAUCCUGUUCUGCACCCUGCUGUGUUUGGUCUUCACGGGGUGUCCCAGGCCCCUCCCACAGCCCAGCGAUGCCCGGACUUCCAGGACCUGCGGCAUCCAGCACCUGGAGCGCGCAGGGGACAACCUGUCCCUCCUCACGGCUUUCUACUUCUGCAUCGUCACCUUCUCCACCGUGGGCUACGGUGACGUGACGCCCAAGAUCUGGCCGUCCCAGCUGCUGGUGGUCAUCAUGAUCUGUGUGGCCCUCGUGGUGCUCCCGCUGCAGUUCGAGGAGCUGGUGUACCUGUGGAUGGAGCGGCAGAAGUCGGGGGGCAACUACAGCCGCCACCGGGCCCGGACGGAGAAGCACGUGAUUCUGUGCGUCAGCUCCCUCAAGAUCGACCUGCUCAUGGACUUCCUGAACGAGUUCUACGCGCACCCCCGGCUCCAGGACUAUUACGUGGUCAUCCUGUGCCCGACCGAGAUGGACAUCCAGGUCCGCAGGGUCCUGCAGAUCCCCCUGUGGUCCCAGCGGGUCAUCUACCUCCAGGGCUCCGCCCUCAAGGACCAGGACCUCAUGCGAGCCAAGAUGGACAACGGGGAGGCCUGUUUCAUCCUCAGUAGCCGCAACGAGGUGGAUCGCACAGCAGCGGACCACCAGACCAUCCUGCGCGCCUGGGCCGUGAAGGACUUCGCACCCAACUGCCCCCUCUACGUCCAGAUCCUCAAGCCCGAGAACAAGUUUCACGUCAAAUUUGCAGACCACGUGGUGUGUGAGGAAGAGUGUAAGUACGCCAUGCUGGCCCUCAACUGCAUCUGUCCGGCCACGUCCACACUCAUCACCCUGCUGGUGCACACGUCCCGCGGCCAGGAAGGCCAGGAGUCCCCAGAGCAGUGGCAGCGAAUGUACGGACGGUGCUCGGGCAACGAGGUAUACCACGUGUGCAUGGCGGAGAGCAAGUUCUUCCGGGAGUACGAGGGCAAGAGCUUCACCUACGCCGCCUUCCACGCGCACAAGAAGUACGGCGUGUGCCUCAUCGGGCUGAAGCGCGAGGACAAGAGCAUCCUGCUCAACCCGGGGCCCCGGCACACGCUGGCCGCCUCCGACACCUGCUUCUACAUCAACAUCACCAAGGAGGAGAACUCGGCCUUCAUCUUCAAGCAGGAGGAGAAGCAGAAGAAGAAGGGCUUCUCGGGGCAGGGCCUGUACGAAGGGUCCGGCCGCCUGCCCGUGCACAGCAUCGUCGCCUCCAUGGGGACCGUGGCCAUGGACCUCCAGAACACGGAGUGCCGGCCGGCGCAGGGCGGCGGGGGCGGCAAGCUGACGCUGCCCGCGGAGAACGGCUCGGGCAGCCGGCGGCCCAGCAUCGCGCCCGUCCUGGAGCUGGCCGACAGCUCGGCCCUGCUGCCCUGCGAGCUGCUGAGUGACCCAUCGGAGGACGAGAUGACGCCAUCGGAGGACGAGGGGCUGUCCGUCGCGGAGUACGUGAAGGGCUACCCCCCCAACUCGCCCUACAUCGGCAGCUCGCCCACCCUGUGCCACCUUCUGCCUGUGAAGGCCCCUUUCUGCUGCCUGCGGCUGGACAAGGGCUGCAAGCACAACAGCUAUGAGGACGCCAAGGCCUACGGCUUCAAGAACAAGCUGAUCAUCGUCUCUGCGGAGACGGCGGGCAACGGGCUGUACAACUUCAUCGUGCCGCUGCGCGCCUACUACCGGUCGCGCAAGGAGCUCAACCCCAUCGUGCUGCUGCUGGACAACAAGCCCGACCACCACUUCCUGGAGGCCAUAUGCUGCUUCCCCAUGGUCUACUACAUGGAGGGCUCCGUGGACAACCUGGACAGCCUGCUGCAGUGCGGCAUCAUCUACGCGGACAACCUGGUGGUGGUGGACAAGGAGAGCACCAUGAGCGCGGAGGAGGACUACAUGGCCGACGCCAAGACCAUCGUCAACGUGCAGACCAUGUUCCGGCUCUUCCCCAGCCUAAGCAUCACCACGGAGCUCACCCACCCUUCCAACAUGCGGUUCAUGCAGUUCCGCGCGAAGGACAGCUACUCUCUGGCUCUUUCCAAGUUGGAGAAGAGGGAACGGGAAAACGGCUCCAACCUGGCCUUCAUGUUCCGCCUGCCCUUCGCCGCGGGCCGUGUCUUCAGCAUCAGCAUGUUGGACACGCUGCUGUAUCAGUCCUUCGUGAAGGACUACAUGAUCUCCAUCACCAGGCUGCUGCUGGGCCUCGACACCACGCCAGGCUCCGGCUACCUCUGCGCCAUGAAAAUCACGGAGGAGGACCUGUGGAUCCGCACGUACGGCCGCCUCUUCCAGAAGCUGUGCUCCUCCAGCGCCGAGAUCCCCAUCGGCAUCUACAGGACCGAGUGCCACGUCUUCUCCAGCUCGGAGCCACAUGACCUCAGAGCCCAGUCCCAGAUCUCGGUGAGUGUGGAGGACGGCCCGGACACGCAGGACGCGCGGGGGCCCUGGGGCGCGCGGGCGGGAGGCGGCGGCGGCGGCACCCACGGCCGGCACUCGGUCGGCGGGGACCCCGCGGAGCACCCCCUGCUGCGGCGCAAGAGCCUGCCCUGGGCCCGGAGGCUGAGCCGCAAGGGCCCCAAGCCCGCGGGGAAGGCGGCGGCCGCCGAGUGGGCCAGCCAGCAGCGGCUCAGCCUGUACCGGCGCUCCGAGCGGCAGGAGCUCUCCGAGCUGGUCAAGAACCGCAUGAAGCACCUGGGACUGCCCACCACCGGCUACGAGGAUGUAGCAAAUUUAACAGCCAGUGAUGUCAUGAAUCGGGUAAACCUGGGAUAUUUGCAAGACCAGAUGAACGACCAGCAGAACACGCUGUCCUACGUGCUCAUCAACCCCCCGCCCGACACCCGGCUGGAGCCCAACGACAUCGUGUAUCUCAUCCGCUCCGACCCCCUGGCCCACGUGGCCAGCAGCCCCCAGAGCCGGGAGAGCAGCGUCGGCAACAAGCUGGCCUCGUGGCACCCGGAGACGCGGGACGAGACGCAGCUCUGAGCCGGCCCGCGCCCCGUCCCCACGUCGGCAUGCCUCCCGCUGCAUGGAGCGCGGGGCCCCUGCCACGCCGGCCCGGCCCUCGAGGAGUCCUCCCACGGCCGUGAGGACGGACCGUGCCUCCGCGU